CCGUUUAAUCCGAUCGCAAAAGCUGUCCCGCGCUGGAGCAGAGACCAGGCCCUAGGACGGACCUUGCCACUACUCGCUCUAUUGGAAGUUGAUCGACUUGGUGGACAGCCCAGCACAGCUUCUCGGCGACUCCUACUGCGUCGCGUUGUAAAGGCCCAAGAAACAGCUCCAUCAUCGGCCUUCCAUUCUCUAACUGCACGGCGCAAGCACCGCAGUCUUCCCCCCUCGGCCAUGAAUGGCUCGUCCGUGAGGCGACCGCACACGCUCAGGACGCUCCGCGACCGGACGAGGCUUGACAUGUUGCUAUUGAUGCUGACGCUGGUACUGAUGCUUCUCGGCGUUGCGACGUCGCCGGUCGCGGCCGCGGCCUGUACGAACGCCAGCACUUUAGUGGAGGGCGAGUCGGACUCGACUGCCGUCGUGUACGACGCCAGCUGCAACGCUCGCAGCUUCCAGGUCGUCGUGAGCUCCACAGUUGAGCGGAGUUUGAACUUGUCCAACCUGGACGUGGUGGAGGUCAGGAGCUAUCCGCGAGUAUAUCAAUUGUAAGAAACCAGGACAGGAACAGUACGCUACGUUGGACUCUCUUACAGUGUAUAAUGGACUAUUUGGACUGUUAGGUUGCUCAACAAUAAUGAGCUCGAGACGUUCGCGCCCGCAGACUCGGACAACGACAUGGAAGACUUGGAGCUGGCCAGUAACUUCAUCACGGACUUGUCGAGCUUUAACUUCCCUCGACGACUGAAUUAUCUGGAUCUGAGCUCGAAUUCGAUCACGAAGCUGUCGUCGGCUACACCCUGGCCUGAGUCGGGCGAGUUACAGACGCUUCUGCUGCAUGGAAACUCGCUCAGCUCGGUGGGUGUCGACACGUUCACGAAACUGGUCGCGCUGCAGUCAUUGUCGCUGUCGAGCACGGGCAUCUCCAACCUGGACGACCUCAUGUUGCCGGUCUCAUUGCGUACACUAAACGCGACCAAGAACUCGUUUACAAGCGCGUCAACCAACUUCUCCAACCUACCGACGGCUCUACAAUACCUGGACCUGAGCAGCAACCUCCUUACAGUGUUCCCGACCAUCGUGUCUUCUCUGACUACACUCGUGGAGCUGAACCUCGAGUCCAACGGGAUCAAACAGAUCAGCGGUGUGACCUUCGCGUCCACGCUUCGUAAAGUUUACCUGGGGGACAACCCGCUGUCCACAAUUGAGAUCUGCCGUUCGGACGUGAGUGUUUUUCAGAGUCUGGCGGAGUUUACAGCCCCGUCGUCUGUCUCGAGCACGUGCUCGAACUCCAAGGCGACUAGCGAGGAGAUUAAUGGCGUCAACUUCUGUGUGCUGGAGGACGACGACUGCGUCAUCGCGUCUGCCAUUGACUCGACGACCGGCAGUAUGACUCAGGCGGAUAUCAACGACAUCUCGAGCUCUAAUGACGCAGCCGCAUCCGCGGAGAGCACAAACUCGGACUCGUCGUCGAUUUUCUCGGCUGAAUCCAUCGGAGUCAUCGGUAGCACCUUUUUCCUUAUCGGUAUCCUCUUGAGCGCCUUAGUGUUCGGGUUCAUAUGGAACAAGCGGAGGAACAACGACGACAACCCGUCGCGUCGUGCUGCUAUGAAAGUGAACCGCGACAGGCGCUUAGGAAGCAGCGGCGGCAACUUUAUGGUGUUCACGAGCAGCGGGCGUAUCACGCGCGCCGUCGGCAACAACCACGACGAAUACCGCGACACGGACAGCAAAAACGACAACAACAGCACGUUCGGAGACAGUGGUGGGAAGACGCCGGGCGAGGCAGCGUGGGGCAUGUACGAGAGUCCUCUGGACAAGUACAACCCUGUGGCUCUGCUCGAACCGAGCCCCAAGGACAGCAGCUUUCUCGGCGCCAGCACGGCGUCACUGCAGGUGCGCAGCAAGAUCAAGAGCAAGAUCAAUCUGGACGACCUGCUCGUGUACGAGAUCCCGCCCGAGGAGAUUCAGAUGCGGCGUGCGCUGCACAUGUCGUCGUCUAAAAAGAGCAGUAAGGCGGCGUUGGCGUUGAGCAGCGUGGGCGUGGGCAAUUCUCGCAAGGUGGAUACGGCUCUGUUUCUGGCUGAAUAUCAGGGCUACAAGGUAGUGAUCCAGGCGCUCAUGCGCUCCAAGAAGCGUCUGGAGAAGCGCUUCGUGGAGCAGAUCCGUUUGGCCGCAGCGUUGGACCACGCGUCUAUCGUGCAUUUUAUCGGUGUUACCACUGGUUGCAGUACGACGGCCAGCCGUCGACGCGGUAGCAGUGCUGCCGCGCCAGUACAGGGGCCGUACAACAGCUACGGCCCGACCAACAGCAUGAGCGAGAGCAUGGCGUCCAAGAGCAGAUAUCCGAACAUGGGCGCGCCGGCCUGGCAUCUUGGUGUGGUGUUCGAGUACAUGCAGCACGGUUCUCUGGCUGCAAUGUUCGAGUCCGAACGCCAUCGUCGCGAAGGCAAAGGCUUUUACCCAAACAGCAGCGUGGCGGCGGCGAUCGGUAGCGGCAACGGCAACAUCUUUAGCUGGUACCCGGUCUUCGCGAACUCGAGUGCGAGCGUGAACGCCAACCCGAACGCGGACUGGCGGUGUAAGCUGUCUAUUGCUUUGGAUGUGGCUAUGGGACUGGUCUACCUUCACGCCAACAAUUACGCGCACGGCCGUGUCUGCGCGCGCAAGGUGCUGGUGAAUGAACAGGGCGAGGCUAAGCUGAGUGCGAUGGACGUAUUGCUGCCUUCGGAUCUGGCGUCGCGUAAGGAUGAGAACAACAACGCGACGGACGACUUCCGUGGCUCGCUGAGAGAGAGCGCUUUGUGGACGAUGCAAAAGAUCACGGGCAUGCGCCCGACGCGUUCGUCUAAGGCCCUAAAGCAGCAAACGUCCGGGAACUUGGGCCGUAGCCGCUACGCGAACAACAGCGGAGAGAGCGACGUGAGCGGAGUGAGUGGUGUUAGCAGCGUCACGCUGGACGACAACCACAGCCAGAGCGGCGACAACCCGGCGUUCGACGAAGAGUCUGACGAGUUCGACGAGAACUCGCUCAAGUCGAGUGGCAUCGGGUCUUCCAUCGUGGCCGCCCAGCGCGACGACGUCUACGCUUUCGGCACGUUCCUAUGGGAGCUGGACACAAUGAUCGCCGUUGAGGAAGACCUAGCCAGCUCAAGAGUUCCGGCCGGCGCCGGCGGCAACCCGCACCUGCUCAAGUUCUCGGCCGACUGUCCGAUGGAGCUGCAGGAGCUGGCUCGACAGUGCUGGCAUGAGGUGCCGAGCGAGCGUCCGGACGCCAUCGACGUGCAGGAGGAGCUGGUCCGUGUGCUGGAAGGCCGGCUCACUGUGAGUGGUCAGGCCCCGCCCAACUGGACGCGACCCAGCUACCUGAGCGCCACCAGCGCACUGAGCAGUCUUUCAAGCUCCGAGUUGUCAUCCAAUAUGUCAUCACUGCCGAGCUCGUGCUCUGUGAUGGCCGUGUCCGUGGCCGACCUAUGAGAAGGGCCUUUGAUGUAUUUAUUCGCUUCCCAGACGUUGGAGCACAAUUUUGUCAGCAAGUUCCAAGUGUGUCUUCGUGUGUGAACCGCGAAUCAUCGUCACUCGGAGAACGGUUAGCGUUCCCGAGUAUCGCAAUUGCUAUGCAGAUUGCCUGCAGCUUCGAGGAGUCCCCGAGCGGAAGGGAAGGAAGCUGUCGAGCGUCCAGCAUAGACUUUAGAAAACAUAUAAAACACCGUUACAAGUGAGUGACUUCAACUCGGUA